CUACAACCAUACAAAUUGUACACAACACUAUAUCUCCUUCCUCGCUCGCUCGUUCCCUGCGUCAAUCAAUGGCGUCCUUCAAUUCAUUCCCCAUUCCCAAACAGAUUGUUGGUUCUUCUUCGUCUUCCUCUUCUUCUCGGCGACGUAUCUUGGUGCGAUCGACUAUGGCGUCGACCAAUACUAUGCUGGUCUUCGUACCUCCACAUCCUUUGAUUAAACAUUGGCUCUCCCUUUUAAGAUGUGAGCAAACUUCUUUCCCUAUUUUUGUUUUUUUAAAUGACUUCUCUCUGUUACUUGAUGCUUCAGUUAGAAUUCCAAUGAAUUCUGUGUUUCCAACGAGAUGGUCGUUUCUAUCCUCACUCAAAGAGGAAAGCAGAAUUAUCUAUCAGAAAGAUCCUUUUAAAGCAUGUGGCUGCGCAUCUGCAACUCCUUACACUACAUCAAAUAAUCUCUAUGUUGAGAUCAAAGAUUCAAAGGAAAAUAUUGGAGAACAAAUGUCUUCUGCAGAAAAAUCAUAUUCUUCUCGUAGCAUGUUGCAAUACAAUUUACUAGCAAAGAACCUUUUAGCACUAGAGGAAACUUUUGUUGCCUUGGACUCUUUGAGAAUGGAAAGAGAUAUUAUGUUGCAAAUGGCCAAGUUAGGGGCUGCUGAGUUUUUCAAAACCUGUCUAUCUAGGUCUCGUUGUUCUUCAAUCACCUCAUGCUUAUCUGACACAACCGAGUUGGUGGGUACAGCACCGAAUCAGCAAGUCUUUGUAUCAUCCAGAAGGAAAUUGAAAAAGAUAGCUAGAAGGUCGAGUGUGACAGGUGAGAAUGGUGUUGAUCAGGGUUCUUUGCCAACCGGGUUAAGAACCAUAUGGAACAAUAUCGAUGCCCCUAGAGUGAGAAGACCACCGAUAUAUAGAAAGAAAAGAGAGAGGAUCUCUAGAAACGAGGCUGAGAUGUCAACAGGAGUCAAGAUAGUGGCGGAUAUGGAGAGAAUCAGAACGCAACUGGAGGAAGAAAGUGGUAAGGUAGCGAGUUUGAGUUGUUGGGCAGAAGCAGCUGGGAUGAACGAGAAACUCCUGAUGCGCAAUCUACAUUACGGUUGGUACUGUAGAGAUGAACUGUUGAAAAGCACCCGGUCUUUGGUUCUCUUUCUUGCAAGAAAUUACCGUGGACUGGGAAUCGCCCACGAAGAUUUAGUUCAGGCAGGGUAUGUGGGGGUGUUACAAGGAGCAGAGAGGUUUGAUCACACAAGGGGUUACAAGUUUUCAACAUACGUGCAGUAUUGGAUAAGAAAAUCAAUGUCCAUGAUGGUGUCACGGCACGCAAGAGGCGUCCAUAUUCCUGCAUCAAUAAUCCGAACUAUCAAUCAGAUCCAAAAGGCUCGUAAGACCUUGAAAACGAGCCAUGGGAUAAAAUAUCCGGCUGAUGAGGAGAUUUCGAAACUAACAAGCCUGUCGGUGAAGAAGAUUCGAGCAGCUAACCAAUGCCUAAGAGUGGUCGGUUCUAUCGAAAAGAAAGUCGGGGAUUGCUUUUCUACAAAAUUCCUGGAAUUUACACCGGACAGGACGAUGGAGAGUCCAGAGGAGGCUGUGAUGAGGCAGAGCGCGAGGAGAGACUUACAUGAUCUUCUAGAAGGGCUAGAGCCAAGAGAGAAGCAAGUGAUGGUUCUACGUUAUGGUCUUCAAGACUACAGGCCCAAGUCCCUUGAAGAGAUUGGGAAGCUUCUUAGAGUUAGCAAAGAAUGGAUUCGGAAGAUCGAACGGAGGGCAAUGGCUAAACUCAGGGACCAACCCAACGCGGAAGACCUCAGAUAUUAUUUGAAGCAGUAAAAUAUAUACAGAAUUUUGGAACCACACUAUGUCUUCUAUCACAAUGUGAAGGUGUGUAAUCAAUCAUGUGUGUUUAUAAUAUAACAUUGGAGAUCUCUACUACAGUGUAAAGUUAUGUAUAUGUGGUGUAAACUUAUAUCUUAUUAUAGAAACCUGUUCAAUUUUUUUUUGCAAAA